UAUGGUGACGUUUCUGCUAGAAAAAAUCUUCGUAAGAAAUUAGAAUGUAAAAGUUUCCGAUGGUAUUUAGAAAAUAUUUAUCCUGAAUCACAGAUGCCUUUAGAUUUCUAUUCUUUAGGAGAGGUUAGUUUUUAUUUUAUAUUUCAUAAACUACGGUAA